AUGUCUACUAUUUCAAGAGCUAAUGUAGCAAUAACAGACCUUCCGUGGCUCCAAAAAUAUCGUCCAGCUACAUUUGAUGACAUAGUUGGAAAUGAACAUUCGAUAAAUAUAUUGAAGAAUGUUGCUAAAAAAGGAAAUAUACCAAAUUUUUUAUUAUCGGGACCACCUGGUACUGGUAAAACUAGUAGUAUCGUUUGCCUUGCUAACGAACUAUACGGAAAAGAGUUAGCUAAAAGAGCUAUUCUGGAGCUUAAUGCUUCUGAUGAAAGAUCUGUUAAUGUUAUUAGAGACAAGGUUAAGGCAUUUGCUCAAACAAAGGUUACACUUCCUCCUGGAUUACAAAAAUUUGUAAUUUUGGAUGAAGUUGAUAGUAUGGUUGAUCCAGCGCAAAAAGCACUUCGAGCAAUUAUGGAGCAAUAUUCUGAUACAACAAGAUUUGCUUUAGCAUGUAAUAAUGAAGAUAAAAUUGAUGAAGCAAUUAUGAGCAGAAUAACAAAAUUAUCUUUUACCAAUUUAUCACAAGAAGAAGUUGCAUUACGACUUUUGUAUAUAAUAAAGCAAGAAAAUAUUAAAUACACUCCUGAAGGUUUACAAGCAAUCAUAUUUACAGCUGAUGGAGAUAUGAGACAAGCUAUUAAUAACCUUCAAUCUACAUACUCAGGAUUUGGUAUGAUUGAUGAGGAAAAUGUUUACAAAGUGUGUGAUGUACCAGAUCCUAAAUAUAUAAUGGAAAUGCUUAAACGUUGUAUACGUUAUGAAGUAAAGAACGUUUUUAAUGCUGUUGUUAAAUUAUAUGGUGAUGGUUAUUCUGCUUUGGAUAUUGUUCAGACAAUGAUGAAACUUAUGAAAUCUGCUUCCGAAAAUGAAAUUGAAGAAGAUUAUUAUAAUGAUUUUCUAAUGGAAAUUGCCAAAACCGAGUUAGUCAUUAAAUCUGGAACCGACAGUGAACUUCAGGUUAUUGGUUUAGUAAGUUCUCUUUGUGAUAUUGCUAAAUCAAUUUCAAAAAGAAAGAAUGAUUAG